GCACCACGGGCGGUGGCUGCUGCUGCUGCUGCUGCUGUGGGUGCAGACGGCAGAUUCGGAGGAAACUGGGCCAACCGGGGAAGGCCCGCGCUCCGCUCGGUAUUUGUGCACUCGGCGGGUACCACAGCAGAGACAACCCAAUGCAUUUGGGUGUACAACAACAACGCCCCAAGCAACACCAACAACAACGCGAGCAACAAGAGAAACACCAGCGGCGAUUCAGGUUCAGUAAAGGACGCCAAUGUCAUCCCUACAGCGUGACUGGAAUUUGCAGGGUUCCAGGGGAUCGAUUUACUGCGCGAGUGAACCGGACCCAGCUGGUGGAGUCCAGUACGAGUCGGGAGGGUUCAUUCUCAACACGAAGCCAGCGGCCGGCUCCAGCUCCGGCGUGGCACUGGGCGCAGGUGCGGGCGACGGUGGCGGUGGAUCGCUCUUUUCGAUUGUGUCGGCGCCACCCGCACCGCUGCCCACAGUGCCCGCCGUUGUGGUGCCGCUGGCCGAACUGGAUGUCAAGCAGAUGGAGUCCCUGUGCCUGCCCUCGAUGUCACCCUCGCCGGCCCGGCGCCCCGCCACCCUCUCGCUGGACGCUCCCUGCUGCCCGCGCACCCUGCACGCCAGCCUGCUGGAGCACCAGAUCUCGGAGCUGGAGGAGGACGACAACGAGAACCUGCUGACCGUCUCCAGCAUCACGGCACGGCCGUUGAUAGCCAAAUCGCACGAGCUGCGCAGCAGCCGCAAGACACAGCAGCAGUACGGCAACGGCAACGGCUCCCAGACGGCGAAAAGCAAAUGCAUUCGCAGGGCCAAGGAGCGGGAUCGAAUCGUGCAGCGACGCAGCAAGCCGCUGGCCAAGGAUCGCGACUCCUCCACAACGACAACGGAGAGCGGCGGCGGCAACUUGGAGCCGCCCGACGGUGGCUAUGGCUGGUUCAUCGUCUUUGGGGCCUUCUCCGUGCAGUUCUGGGUGGCCGGACUGGUCAAGUCCUACGGCGUGCUGUACGUGGAGAUAAUGGAGACAUUUCCCAGCUCCACGGCCACCGUGGCGUCCUGGAUACCGGCGAUACUUUCGGCUCUGUGCCUGGUGCUCGCACCCCUCUCGAGCGCCCUGUGCCAGCGUUUCUCGUGCCGCACCGUGGUCUUUGUGGGCGGCAUCUUCUGUGCCAUGGGCAUGAUGCUUAGCUACUUCGCCACCAGCCUGGUGCAUCUGCUCUUCACCUUUGGCAUACUCACGGGCAUUGGCGGUGGGCUUUCGACUACGCCGGGCAUCGUCAUUGUCUCCCAAUACUUUGACACGCACCGCGCCCUGGCCAAUGGCAUCUGUGUGUCGGGCACGGCCGCUGGCAGCUUCAUCCUGCCGGUGCUGAUCAAGCAUUUGGUGGAGAAGUGCGGCUUCCAUGCCACGCUGCUCAUCCUGGGCGGCUGCAUGCUGCACGUCUGUGUAUCGGCGAUGCUUUAUCGUCCCAUCAGCGCGUAUGCGGACCAGGGCCAGGCACAGGCCGUAGCGGAGGCCGCCGAGAAGCCGCUGAAUGAGGACAUUAACCCCAGCACAACGGGCAUACUGACCACCUCCACGUAUCUGGACACCUGCGAGGUGGUGGGCGACAAUGAGCUGAGCGACAAGUUCAUCGAGCAUCUGUUCCUCGAGGAGUCCAAGAACCACCUGAACUACUACACCAGCAAGCAGCCAGCGGCGGGGCCAGCACCAGGUGAGUGCAAUGGGAACUCUGGGCAGCGGCCCUCACUACUGUUGCAUUCGCCAGCACCAGCAGCAGCAGCAGCAGCCGCAGCAGCAGCAGCAACAAACGACAAAUCAGCGCAGGAGAGCGAUGAUGAGGUGAAGGACAUCAUUGGCGAGACAACCUUCAUCAAGCCCAUGAAGAAGGUGCGCAGCUCCGGGCUUCUCCACUCUGUUGAGGAUCUGAGCACCGACUCCACCUGGGUCUACCGCAAGCACUCGGGCACGGACUCCAAUCGCGGCAGUCGCCGGCGUCGCAAUGUCUUCGCCAACGAUGAGGUCAUCUCGAAGAUUCAGGCCCAUCUGGAGCGACCACUGUCGCCGCCGAGCGUCGUCAGUCGGGGACUCAGCAAGAGCAUGGAGAUCCCCACGCCGGUGAGCAAUCUCAGCGAGCUGAAGCAGCAGCAGCUGUCGGACAGCGGCAUCCUCGACUCCCAGCUGGUGGAGUCUGUGAAUGGCGAUGGCGCUGCGGACUUUGCCGACGAUGAUGAUGAUGACGAUGAGGAGCAGCUGCCGCGCACCUGCUGCGAGCGCAUCGAGAUGUAUUUGGACAUUAGUUUGCUGCAGGAGCCGCGCUUCAUCCUGAUGACCCUCUCCGUCACACUGAUGUCCGUUGGCUGUCCCUACAUGCUGUACUAUCUGCCUGCCCAUGUCAUCUCCAUAGGCUACAACAAGAGCGAGGCGGGCUAUUUGGUGGCCAUCAGCGCUGUGCUGGAUCUUUGUGGUCGCCUGGGCCUUGGCUGGCUGUCGGAUCUGCAGCUCUUUGAUCGCAAGAAGACCUACACCCUGUGCAUUUUGGGCGCCGGCCUGGCUGUGCUCACCAUUCCCUUUGCCAAGACCCUGAUUCUGGUGGGUCUCUCUGCCGCCGUUUAUGGUCUCUGCCUGGGCAGCUGGUACGUGCUGAUGCCCGUGCUCCUGGCGGAUGUCUUUGGCACGGACCGAAUCAGCUCCAGCUAUGGGCUGGUCCGCAUGUUCCAGAGCAUUGGCGCCAUCUCGGUGCCGCCGCUGGCUGGUCUGCUGCGCGAUCUCUCCGGUGACUAUGAGAUCUGCUUCUACUGCAUGGGCUCCUGCAUGGUGCUGGGCUGCACACCGCUCAUCGUGUGGUCCAUUCUGGAGGCGCGCAAUCAUCGACUGUUUGUGCAGGGCGAGGAGGACUGCGAGGAUGACUGCGAGGAUGCUUAGGUUACGGAUUGUGUUGCGGGUUACUAAUUAGUUGGCUGUCGUCGCCCCACCCCCAUAAGUUAAACGUGUUUUUAGUAGCCAAGAGCAGAGAUAUCCAAAGAAAAGGAGAGUUCUCGUAGCGAGUAUCUCCAUAGUUGUGUUCCUGAGUUUCAAAGUUGCGAAAUGCCUCACCGAUUCUAGCCACAAUCCACUACCAAAAAAUCAAUUACAAAUUGUAUUAGCCCCAAGGUGAAUUUAAUCUCUGUGCGAGUGGUGAAUAACGCUGACAGAAUAACGGACAGCGUCGGCUUGUGCGUAAAUUCACCUUGCUCCAGCUUCAACAUCCUCCUCUCUCGCACUCACUGUCUAUACAUACAAUAUAUUAUAUUAUAUUUAUCUAUAAAAAGGGUUCUAUGUAUCCCUGUAGCUUGUUAUAGUUUCAGUUGAGCACAAACCAGAUCGUCCUCUGCAGAUAAGACAUGACUAGAGACGAGAUUUGAUGGAAGAGAAUCCAAACCUAUGAAACAAACAAAACCUACUGAGCACCAAAACGUUGCGCAAAAAGAACUGAGUUAAAAAAAGACAUGACAAAAGAAUCAACUACCCGUUUAUAAAUAAAUAAAUAAUAUAAUAUAAUAAAUAAAUGAAGCGAACAAGCUAUAACUCCAUGGACUACCCCACGUGUUGCCAUGAUCCAAAAGAAUAUUAACAAAAUACUAUAGGGACUAGGUACACGCAUAUGCAUAUAACCCAUAUCAGAAAUUGUUUUGCCCCGCACUUGGCGUGGGUCUAUGUCUAUCCUAUAAUCACCAACAUCGCGUUGCAUUAAUCUAGUUGUAUGUAAUAUAGUUGUUGUGAGACAUUUACCCCUACAAACGGAAACUAACAAAUAAAUACAAAA